AUGCCAGAUCAACAACUGUUUAAUGCUAGUGAAAAAAAAGUUAAACUACCAUCCAUCAAGGAAUUAACUAUUGGAUUACCAAAUAAUGAACAAGCAGCACCACAUUUACAAACUCAACCUGCUCAUUAUCAAGUUAGACAUCAUUCUUUAGGUAGUGGUUCAUCAAGCACAUCACCUCAACAAGUCUAUUACAAUGUUAAUAAUCUCAACUCACAACCAGCUGUCUUAUUACCAGCUACUAAUAUGUCUACAAAUUCAUCAAUAUCAUCAGCUUCUUCAUCCAUAAUAGAUAGUGAUCGUUUUAACUCAAGAAAAUCAUCAAUAACAACAUCAGUUACACCUCCAUAUCAAUCAACAUCUAAUUUCACAACUACUCCAAACUCAGCAAACUACAUUGUUGGAAACCCACAAUAUGAUAUGUUGAAUUAUAAGAUACAACAAACUCAUCCAGUGAACCCAUUCGAACAUAUAAGUACUUCACCAUAUUCUUAUCAACAACCACAAUUACAAGCUGCACAAUUACAACAUCAACAUAUACCAUCUUCUCAGCCAAAGAAGAAGAGACCAAGAAGAAAAGCAAAUGAAAUGGAAAGAUUAUAUGCAUGUAAUUGGAAGAAUUGUAAAAAUUCUUAUGGAACUUUAAACCAUCUUAAUGCUCAUAUCACAUUUAAAAGACAUGGACCAAAGAGAAAACCAGAAGAAUUCAAACAAAUUAGAGAAUUAUAUAAACUGAAGAAGACUAAAUUAGAGAAAGCUAAACAAGAAUUAGCAAAAGGUCAUGGUAAUGAUGAUGAUCAAUCCGAAAGUACUACAAGUGAUGAAAACAUUAAAUUAUUGGCAAAUUUAAGUGAAAGUUUUUUCGAUGGUAGAAAUCCAAAACAUAUUCCAAAUAGUGAAAAAAUUGCAGAAUUGCCUAUUUUCCAUCAACAACGAGGUUAUAAUGGAUAUGGUCGUCAUAGCUAUACUUUAAAGCAAGCUGGUAAUGAUAAUGAUAAUGAUAUUAGUAUUAGUGCCGAAUAA